CAUUCAGCCGUAUUCCCUAUUCCGACGGACCUGCUGAGCUCCAGUCCGGUAGGCUUCCGCUUCUCAGCCUCGGCGGCCGCCUAUCUCUGCUACUUCCGCCUCCUCGAACUCAGGCCAUUUUUUUGAACGUUCAUAGUGCUGACUAGAAGUAGAUGAAAGAAAAGUUGGCAGCUUUGACUUUCGCUGAAAGAUGCAAGAAUAUAUUGGCAGCCAACUGUCAAGCUUAUCUAAAUACAAUUAAAGCUGACGCCAAGGGCAGCAAGGAUGAGAUCCAUACUUCAAAGAUACAUUACAUGUUUAAGAAGGGCAAGCCAUAUAUCUGGGUCAAAGAAGGGGACUUGCACAACGUGAAUGUCAUCCUUGAUGAGCGUGCUUCGCUUUCUGUGAGUGCAGUUGUUCCCAGCUCCCUAAUGAAACUUCUCAGAUCAAUGGGAAAGGCACCAGCUCGGGUAGCUCUUGGAGGUGAUGUCAUCCCUCUUAAAGAUGGCAAAGUUCAGGCUUUAACUGAAGGACUCCGACACCAUUUGCAGAAAGAGGAAGACUACGCCAGCCAUUCUAGUUAUGCAGUUUCUACCAUAUUAAGUUCUGCAAGCAUUAAUUGCAGAUCAAGAAUUGAAACAUUCCAGGAAAUACUCGAUCAAAAAAGUAGCUAUGUUGCCCAUAAAUUCAACAUCAGUUCAUGCAGCUAUGUUGAUGGCAGUGGAAAUAUUCAUGAUGUGGAAGUUCAGGAUGUUCAAGCACCCAAAGCAGAUCUUUUGUUUCCAUUUGCUGAAAAGCUGAUUGAUGGGAUAAAUCAAAGUCAGACAAGGCGCCGAGCAUUGAUGCUUUUCUGUUUGGAAUAUUACAAUGCACAUGCACGUGAUGCUUUAAUGUUGUCGAUUGAUGAAUACGGUUUCGAUGUGCUUGCUAAGGUGGCCGAAUCCAUGGGAAGCAAUGCCCAGUGCCCGCAUUAUGUCUGGAAGGAAUUGAGGUUCUCAUUUAAGGAAGAGGCAGCUGAUCUCGAAGCUUUCUGUAAUUUACUCGUUGGUUUGGAAGAAGAGGUUCUUCAGAGCGUUCGGAGCUACAGCGGUCUUUGUUAGGCUUCGCUAACCUCAGUUCCUUCUGGACGCAAAGAUGGCAUUAUUUCUCUCUGCUGUGGAGCUCCUUCAAAUGAAACUUUAAUAUUUAGCUUUAGGAGAAAAUAUUACAUCCAAACUCGUAGUCUGCUAUGUGGUAAGUGGGCAUCACUAUAAUACACUGGUUGGGUAGGUUUUUCGGAUGAGUGAGUCCUCUCAGUGGAAUCCAGACGUAAAUUUUGCAUUUGAGUAUAGAUGUAAUAUUUUUUUCCAACUUUAAGCGAUGUUUAGUAGCAUCUUAUUAAUGAAUUUAGUCGUUGGAUUUAACUUAAAUCCAACCAAAUAUAAAGGAAAAAAUGAAACAUAAAUUCAAUGCAAUGUUAA